CGUCAAUUAAGCUCCGAGCUACUGAAAGUUCCAACGCCUUUGUAAACGCGCUGCCACGUCAAGCAGCCAGCAAAUUCUGUUUCAUUCUGUCUAACAACUUUGAGUUCGUUUAUAAUCGCCUCAGUUUUGGUCAGAUCGCCAGAUUCCUGUUGACAAUUACUUUACGUACGGCUGAAAUAUGCCGCCCCGAGAGGUCUAAAUGGCAUCGUUCGCUCCUUAUACAUAUAUCCAAUGUCCAUGUUACGAUUCGACAAACCGCAGCCGUCCGGUUGACGAUGCGCCCUCUCCUACCUCCCAAGAAAUACCAGACGAUGAUGAUAACCAGACAUUCGACCCUCGCGCGCCUCGCUCGAAUUAUAGCUUGUACCCACUAGAUUAUCUGCUGUAUUGCGAUGUGUGUUCCCAGAUUCGCUGCCCUCGCUGUGUCGCAGAGGAAAUUGCUACUAUUUAUUGCCCGAACUGUCUUUUUGAAGUGGGAAGUAGUAGUCUUAAGACAGAAGGCAAUAGAUGUACACGUAGUUGUUUCCAGUGUCCAAUAUGUAUAGGACCGCUCGCCGUACAAUCCCUCGAAUCGGCGCCCGAACCCUCGCUCUUGAGCGCCGAGAGCGCAGCCACACCAACUCCCUCGGGACCCUGGAUACUAGCCUGUUCCUACUGCAACUGGAAUUCAUCUGAGAUCGGCGUCAAGUUCGACAAACCGCAAGGCAUCUUUUCGCAACUCGCGAAACUUCGUCAUGGCGAGGAUCACUCUAGACAUGCCGUAACAAGCGGGGAUGAUGUCUCUUCUAAAAAGAGCGACGCGCCCGACACGACCAAAGCUCGGUUUGCGGCUUUAAAGAACUUCUACAAUGCUCAAAACAACAACCUGAAUUCGACAGGCGGGGUGGGUGGUCUAACCGGUAUGGGAGACUACGGUUUUAACUCGCCAGGAGCACUCUCGCGCAUUAUGAACCUGUAUUCCGGGAACAACAUUGGCGGGGGGCUUAAACAAAAGGCUAAGGCGAGCAUGAUGCGAGAGGCCGAGACCGCAAAUGAGGGUUUCCGGCUCAGUGAUCUAGACGAGAGCGUCGCAAUGUCAAAAUUGCGACGCGACGGGUGGGACGGUACGGUAACCAGCGACCAGGUGAAAUCGCAAGUCGAAGAAGGCGCGCGAUUCGCCGACGAGCUUUGGCCGAUCCCAUAUCUACUCCGUACAAAGCGGUCGAAGCGAUGUCCCGUAUGUCGACACAUUAUCAGCAAGCCCGAGUCCAAGGUUAGCAAUACACGGUGGCGCAUUCGGCUCGUGGCCAACAAUUAUAUCCCCUCUAUCUCCAUCAAAUCGCUCCACAACCCCUUCUCCGCUUCUGUCAGCGCACCACCAGUUGCCACAGCUUUGAACAAUGGGGGGUUCCUAAAGCCAUUUCAACCUACACAGUUUCUGCUUACUUUUAAGAACCCGAUUUUCGACGAGGUCAAAGUCACGCUUGCGACACCGGCUACUACGCCCGGCCGUUUUGCGUCUAAGGUCACGGUAUUGUGUCCGCAAUUCCACAUCGAUGCUAAUACUGAUACCGACAUGUACCUCGACGACGUGCUAAAAGAUGGUGAAAAAGAUAGUCGUCGGGGACGAAGAGGCGACGAAGGUACAACGCACCAAGCAGAGGCGGGUAAAAUAUGGGAGCGGGGACGGAACUGGGUCACUAUUGUGGUAGAAGUUAUCCCCGCAUCACUCCGCAUAGAAGAGCCACCCGCACUGCUCAGAAAAGAGGGAGACCCGGACCCAGACCUAAGCCCAUUGAAGGAGGACGAAGAUGUGUUGGAGAUACCCAUGUUUGUACGAUUGGAAUGGGAGGGAGACGUGUCACAGGAUCAGGUAGGCAGUAACACGGCCGGCAAGGAAAAGGACGCGAGGGAGAAGAAAGAAUUGGCGUACUGGUGCGCCAUUGGCGUUGGUCGGAUCAGUCAGGAAUAGACUAAUAAACAUCUACGAUACCCCCACGUACACGAACAAAUCUGACUUGAUCUAAGUGAAUUC